UUGUGAACUGAUUGCUUUGCUAGAAGAUGACACAGGGAUGGAGUUACUAGUGAAUAAUAAGAUCAUCAGUCUUGAUUUGCCUGUGAAGGAUGUCUACAAGAAGAUAUGGUGCCCAGAUAAUGAGGGUGAACCAAUGCGUAUCACAUACAGGAUGAGAGGUCUCCUGGGUGAUGCUACUGAAGAGUUUAUUGAAUCUGUGGAUAACACCAAUGAUGAAGACACCAAUGAUGAAGAUGUGUACAAGCUUGCAUCUGUGAUGAGUGAAUGUGAUGGUCUAGCAGUCAUGCUACACAGAUUGGCAUACCUGAAUGACCUUGUCAGAGGUCAACAGCUAUUGAUCGUCCUUCUCAAGCUGUUCAAUUAUAGUUCAAAGGUCAAAGCCAAUCGUCAGCGACUCAUCGAACCAGGAAUGCAAACCCUUAACAUCAUGCUUGCUGUUCUUAAUAGGGUGCUGCUAGCGGAACACGAGGAGCCAGGAUCUGGAGGCGGAGCUUCGGUUGCCGAGCAACUGCUAUCCAUCAUGGAGGUGAUUCUUAUGGAGGCUAACAAUGAGCCUCUGGAGGGAGGGAAACCUUCUGUGAUUCUCUCAUGUGAUAAAUCUCAGUUGGUAGCCCUACUGGAUCGCAUCAACAGCCCGUUCGUCCGUAGCCAUGCCAGCGUCCUCCAAGGUUUGAUGAGGAUCAUACCGUUUCUCUCGUUUGGUGAGAAGGACAAGAUGAGAACCCUCAUUCACCACUUCAAGCCAUACCUAGACUUUGAAAAAUUUGAUGGUGAUCAUUCCCAAGACGAUGAAAUCCAUGUCGAAAGCUUCUGUGUAAUUACAGCAGGUAUAGAGAAUAAUGCCAAUGGUGUUCAGCUGAAGGAUAUGAUGAUAGAGGAAGGGAUCGUCAAAGAUGCCAUCAAAUAUGUCAGUCGCAAGAUUCCUCUUGCAAGCAAUCUCGACUCUUUGCCUUGGAAGGAGUUCUUAUCCAAGCCUGCCUUGCCCUAUGUUCUACGUAUUCUGACAGGAUUGUGUACUGGACAUGCCAAGUCACAGCUAUUGGCAGGUAAUGAAAUCAUCCCAGCCGUUCAUAAGAUGGAGCAGAUCUCAUCCGAAGAAGGCAUCGGGUCUCUCUCAGAGAACUUGAUGGAAGCUCUUAAAUCCAAUCCGACGGUCGCUAAGAAGAUUGACGACGUCCGGGCUCAGACAAAGGCUGAGAAGAAGAGGCUUGCCAUGGCCAUGAGGAUGAAGCAACUAGGAGCUCUUGGCAUGUCGACCAAUGAGAAGGGUCAAGUGACGGCCAAGAAGACAGUAUUCAAACAGAUGGAGGAACUGAUGGAGGAGACUGGUUUGACAUGCUGUAUAUGUAGAGAGGGCUACAGAUACCAACCUGAGAAGGUUUUGGGAAUCUACACAUUCACCAAGUGUACACCGUUAGAAGACUUUGAGAUCAAAUCCCGCAAGACUCAGGGAUACACUACCGUGUCUCACUUCAAUAUUGUGCAUUAUGAUUGCCAUGUGGCAGCUGUGAGACAUGCUCGUGGACGUGAGGAGUGGGAGAGUGCAGCCCUUCAGAAUGCCAACACUAAGUGCAACGGACUCUUACCGCUGUGGGGACCUUCAGUACCAGAAUCUGCUUUCGCUAGCUGUUUAGCAAGACACAAUAGUUAUCUUCAGGAGUGUACUGGUCAUCGAGAACCAGCACACCAUGCCACCAUCCACGAUCUAAAGCUGCUGCUUCAACGGUUCGGUUUUGAGCGUUCAUUCAGCGAUGACAGCGGAGGAGGGGGGAGACAGAGUAACGUUCAUCUCAUUCCUUAUCUCAUGCACAUGGCCCUCUAUGUCAUCAACACAACUCGGUCUGUGCCGCGGGAAGAGAAGAACCUGAACGCACUUCUCAAGUCCCUCCCAUCCAAAUGGGUGGAGGCAAGCUACGAGGUGGAUGGUCCCUUCUACUACGCUGUUCUCCAUGUUCAUCUACUACCAAAAGAGAAAUGGAAGGAGAAUCGUCUCACCAUCCUCCGGCAGCUCCUGGUCGCGGCCCAGACCCGGCAUGUCAGUCCUUCAGGAGCUACAAUGUUGACGGACAAGCAGGUCAAGGAUUACAAGAUCUAUAAAGGAACCCUGGUCUUCUUUGGUCUGAUAGAGAGACUAUACUCACUCCUUCUCAAAGAAAUGACCCAUACAACAGGGAACACCUGGCCUGUUAACCUAGCUAGCUAUAUCAGAAACAACGAUGAGGUCUUACUGAAGGCUGGAGAUAAGUUGCUGCACAUGUAUGAAGAAGAUCUCUUACCAUGCGAGUCCUUUGCUGAGUUCUGUGAUGUUGAUGGUCUCCUCGUCGAUAUACCGAAUCCGGAUCAGUUCUUGGCUGACACGCUCAAGUCCAUCCCGUAAUUGAUUCCAGUCUCCACCUGUGCAGUGACUUUGAGUGUCGUUUUAACUUAUCAUUUUUAAAUGUUCUUUGUUAUGCGAUCACAGUGAAAGUAGGGUACUCUUUUUGUUUAAGGGGGAAGUUCUCCUUGUCACCAAGAUUUUUUUUUUUUCACUAAAGGAGAGAAAUAUGAGAGAAACACAUUUAUGAAAGUUUGUUGAAAUUCCAUCAAAGAACAACAUGGCCAUGGAUUUAUAAAAAGUAUUUUGUGACAUCAUGUGAGAGGAGCUCCUCCAUAUUUCAUGUGAUAUAAAUUGCAAUUUUCUUUAAAAAUUUGAUAUUUCCCCUUUGCAUUCAGACAUAUUAUUCGUACUCUCUCUUAUGAGAUCAUAAACUAACGACAAAUUAUAUUUAUUUCAUGACUAAUUUUUUAGAAAUAAGUACACUUUUCAUGAUGAGUGUACUGACUACAAGUAUCUCGCUGCACGUUCACAUCAAUAUCAGGGCUCUGUUUCAUAAACAGCGCUAUCAUUGUCAUCGCUUACAAACUGCUACAAGCUAGUGAAAUCAUGGUAUAUGAUUGGCCAAGAGAUUCUUCAUAAAAUUUUUGAAUUUUACUAACAAGCUGUGUAAUAGACCCCUUGGUUGGGCAGUUGCAAAGAGUACACUACUUUCACUUGGUAUCUCAUUUAUAUUUUUUAUUUUUGCAAGCAAAGUAUGUACCUGUAUUCCAUGGUCUUUAUGAUGAAUACUAAUUUAGCUUUACUGAACAUUUAUAAAUGCACUGUUUGAAGCCUAGUUGGUUCACUUUACGUGUACAUGUUUUGUGAGUGGCAUUUCUAUGUGAAAGAGUGUCAAAAUCCAGUCAAUUUUUUUGUCAAUAACUUCUUUACCUGAUGAUUAAAAGCUGUUUGAAAUGUAUGUUUGUUCAACAAAUGUGUUUUCGUUCUAUUUGAAAUAAUUAUUUUUAGUAAUACCCUUAUAGCUUUCUGGAAAUUCAUACAUGUUUUUGUCUCACCUGCAUAGCAGAGUGAGACUAUAGGCGCCGCUUUUCCGACGGCGACGGCGGCGGCGGCGGCGUCAACACCAAAUCUUAACCUGAGGUUAAGUUUUUGAAAUGACAGCAUAACUUAGAAAGUAUAUGGACCUAGUUCAUGAAACUUGGCCAUAAGGUUAAUCAAGUAUUACUGAACAUCCUGCCUGAGUUUCAUGUCACAUGACCAAGGUCAAAGGUCAUUUAGGGUCAAUGAACUUAGACCAUGUUGGGGGAAUCAACAUCAAAAUCUUAACCUAAGGUUAAGUUUUUGAAAUGUCAUCAUAACUUAGAAAAUAUAUGGACCUAGUUCAUGAAACUUAUACAUAAGGUUAAUCAAGUAUCACUGAACAUCCUGCAUGAGUUUCACGUCACAUGACCAAGGUCAAAGGUCAUUUAGGGUCAAUGAACUUUGGCCGAAUUGGGGGUAUCUGUUGAAUUACCAUCAUAACUUUGAAUGUUUAUGGAUCUGAUUCAUGAAACUUGGACAUAAUAGUAAUCAAGUAUUACUGAACAUCCUGUGCAAGUUUCAGGUCACAUGAUCAAGGUCAAAGGUCAUUUAGGGUCAAUGAACUUUGGCCAAAUUGGGGUAUUUGUUGAAUUACAGCCAUAAAUUUGAAAGUGUGUUGGUCUAGUUCAUAAAACUUGGACAUAAUAGUAAUCAAGUAUCACUGAACAUCCUGUGCGAGUUUCAGGUCACAUGAUCAAGGUCAAAGGUCAUGUAAGGUCAAAGAACUUUGGCCACGUUGGGGGUAUUUGUUGAAUUGCCAUCAUAUCUCUAUAAGUGUAUUGGUAUAGUUCAUAAAACGUGGAAAUAAGAGUAACCAAGUAUCACUGAACAUCUUGUGCGAGUUAUAGUAGUUUUCAAAAUCAGCACUGCUGCUAUAUUGAAUCGCGUGAUGCAGGUGAGACGGCCAGAGGCAUUCCACUUGUUAAGUAUAGAUGUUCAUCUAUGUGUGUUAGGUAUUAUUACUUGGAAAUUCAAUGUCGAAAUCCAUGUAAAAUAUUUGGAGCAACGUUUGUUCAUUUAUAUUUGUUAUAAGCAUAUCGCAAUAUUUUUCUUUGUUUAUUAUUGUAGUUCAGUAGAUUCAUGUACAAUGGCAAUAUAUCUGUAGCUCAUUUUUUUAUAAGCAUUAUAGAAUUAAAAUUCACAAAUUGUCUUUGUGAAACCAUACAAAUAGUACCAAUAUGUCAAGGCAUAUAGCGGGUGUUCAGUGUUUUCCUCUGUUUUUUAUAAGUGACAUUGUUUUCCUAUGUUUUUAUGAGUGGCAUUGUUUUCCUAUGUUUUUAUGAGUAACAUAUUCCCUGACCAGGUCAGAAUCCACCCAAAUCAAAAGGAAGAUCAAUUGAUUGCAAUGUGUGUAUUUUCUGAUCCCUCGGAUAGGACGUUAAAUGGAGGCCCCGUGUAGAGGAGAGUAACCACCUUUGCACGUUAAGAACCCACUUCACUAUUCGUAUAAGAGUAGGGGGAAACCCCGGUGUAGUGGUCCACCUGCAUCCCCCCCAAUCAGUUAUAUCGGGAGGAGAGACCUGCGGGUCAUAGUGAUUCAGUUGAUUCAAAUUGAUACAGAUUUGUUGUUUGAUAAAAUUAGCUGAUAACUGUAUUUUCUUAUCUUUUAACACUUAUUAGAUUACUGAUAGAAAGAACAAGUGUGUAUGGUGGUAGAUGUGUUGAAAUUGAUAUGGACUUGUUGUUUGAUAAAGUUAGCUGAUAAUUGGCUGUGCGCACUUCGGUUCAGAUGAUAUACAUGUAAAUGUACCAGUAUAUAACUAUAUAAUUAUUGUAUGAAUGAGUACAUAUCAAUAUUUUUGUUUGCUUGUCAUUAUCUGACCCAGAUUUUUACGAUUUAAAUGUAAAAAUAAAUUCCUCUCAGCAGUUUUUCUGUUUCUGAGGAGUACAAGGAUGAAGUUAGUGCCGAGAUUUGAAAAUAUAUUGAAAAAUAUUUAUUUAGAAACAGUUUAAUUAGUUUAAAGGUUUAUCCUGUGUCAUAGCUUUUCAUUUGAAUAACAACUUUUAGUCCAUUAUAAUCAUGUGCAAAUUAAACCAUAUCUAAUGGCAAAUAAAGUAGUAUGAUACACAGAUGAUAAUUAGGGUUUAUGUAAUCAGUGAUUUAUGUCUCAAAUAUAUCUGUGUGGUAUCGAAUAGAUGAAUAUUAAUGAAAAUAUAUGUUUGUGCGUUAUAAUAUAUUUCAUCACCUUCAUAGUCGAGUUAAAAGAUAAUUAUUUCUAUCUGCGGAUUGUAAUAUGCACCUCCACAUUUACUUGAACAAUCAAUGUGCUUAAGUAACUUUUCAUUAGGUUUUGCUUAUGAAUUUUCAUUUGUUUACUAAUAAAUCCUAUUAUUAACUGUGAUUUAAUAUGUCCUAUGGUAGAUGCUAUCAUUAUUCAUCUAUAUACAGAGUAGCCAUGCAAUAUAGAAGUAUGUGAGAUAUUACCACAAAGUAGCCAAUAAUUCUGAAUUUUUACAUAGAUAAGAGAUAUUUAAAUGAUAUAAAGGCCAUGAAAUGCAGGUAUUCUAGAUUUAUAAUUCAUUGUGCGUGAUCUUUGAUGAUGUGUACAGCAAAAGUGCAUGGCUUAAAUAUGCAGUAAAAUUUGUAGCAUUACAGUCAGUCGACAGCGUAAUAUAUUGACAUUUAGAACUGACCAGAGUGGAUUAUUUUGAGAGUUGUAUCAGCCAGGCGCCCACAGUCAGAGAUCAACAUUGACUUGAAAUGUCCCUCUACAUAACCUUAAUGGAUUUGAUGAUAGUAAUGACAAUAUUCCCUUCUUGUAUAGCACUAGAUCAGAAGCUGCCGUCUCUGUAACAUUGGUUGUUCCGCUGAACUACGUUGCCGACAUUGUGUUAUUGGGUUAUUCUUGUCUUGUAUAGCACAUACCUGUAUCGCAUUAUCAUCUAUGUGCUGUAAAUAACAUUGGAUAUAUAAAUAUAUAGAAGGAUCUUUGAAUUAUCCAACCAAUCAGAAUCAGCGUUUACUGUUGAAUGCGCUGAUGGCACUCUCCUAAUAAUACCACUCUGGUUUAAAGUGGAUAUUGUCCAAGCAGAGUAAUUGUGAACUGAAUGUGAACUACAAUUGAUACCUAACUACGGUACCGUACAAAUGUAAUCAUACUUCAUUUUUUAGCCAUAUUUGGAAAUUAAUAAGUAAAUAGGUAAUUCCACUGUACUGCUACUAUACAAUUGCACAGAAAAAAAAAAUUAUUUCCUUAGGAAUUUUCAAAUGGAUGACUUUUCAUACUAGAAGCUCAGCUAUUAAAGGGAAUUUUGGGCUGUUUGAUUGGAGGCAAUAGAUAUAUGGUUGUUUUGACUAAAACUGUUUGCACGUGAAUUACGUGUAUUUGUGGAUUGUUGUAACACAUCUUGGCACAGUUUUGAUUUCAUUAGCCUAUAUUUGUGAGAUUUUGUAGUUAAAUACGCAUUAUAAUCACAGUUGAAUAUACUUUGCUUGCAAAUAAACAAAUCUAAAUACA